UCGGGUCGCACGCCGCUGCCGGGGCGUGGUGGGGGCAUCACACACACCCUCACCCACACGCCCACCCGCACCCGCAUCCGCAUCCGCAUCCUGCCAUGCAGCACCACCAUCAGCAACAGCAGCAGCAGCAACAACAGCAGCAGCAGCAACAACAACAGCUGCACCUGCAGGAGCAGGAGCAGCUGCAGCAGUCCUCGCAGCAUCUGCAUCAACUGCAUCACCACGCGCACCACCACCUGCCUCAGCCCCAGCCUCUCCACACCGCCAGUCACCAUCAGAGCGCGCAUCCCCACCUGCAGCAGCACUCGGUCGUCUCAUCCGCGUCGGUUGCGUUGUCCACUCCAUCCUCUGUGCUUCAGCAGCAGCAGCAACAACAGCAGCAACAACAGCAGCAACAGCAGACUACGCCCACCACACAUUCCACGCCCACGCAUGCCGUCAUGUACGAGGAUCCCCCACCUGUGCCAAUCGUCGCCGUGCAGCAGCAGACGGCUCUCCAGCAUCUUCCCGCUCCUCAACAACACCAGCAGCAGCAGCAGCAACAGCAACAGCAGCAGCAUCAGCAACAACAACAGUUGGCAACAACACCAGUGUCUGUCGCUCUCAGCCCUGCCCAGACACCCACUGGAUCCUCCGCCCAACAGCAACAACAGCAGCAACAGCAGCAGCCCCAACAGCAUCUCACAUCUCCCCACCACCAACAAAUGCCCCAGCAGCAGCAGCAGCAGCAGCAAACCCCAAAUAGCGUACCCAGUGGCGCCUCGACAGGGCUCCAACAACAGCAGCAGCAGCAGCAAAAUUCUGCGGUCGCAUCUGGCCAGGCCCAAAUCGUGGCGCCGAGCACGGCGAGCGUUUCUCCCUCCAGUGUUAGUUCCCAGAAGGAAGACAUCAAUAUGUCCAUCCAAUUAGCGCCACUUCAUAUACCCGCAAUCAGGCCCGGCCCCGGCUUCGAGACGGAUGCCUCGGUGGCUGUUAAGCGGCACGCGGCCCCCUGGCCCUACAACGACGACGGCUUCAACCAGUACCACGCCUCUGCCUCACAAUACUAUAUGGAACAGCGCGACCGCAAGCCCAUGUUCCCCUACUACCCAGAUACCCAGUUUCAGCCGUACUGGGCCAACUACCGUGAUCAGCCGACCUCCGCCGCAGCAGCGGCCUACAUGAGCGCCACCGACGACCGCCAUGUGACGGUGAGCGCGGCGGCAGCGGCGCGACAGUCGGUGGAGGGAACCUCGCAGUCCAGCUACGAAACGCCCACCUACUCGUCCCCAGGGGGACUGCGCGGAUACCCGGGCGAGGCCUACUCGAGCACAGGAGCCUCCGGAGGUCUGUCGGUGGGUGCUGUGGGUCCUUGCACGCCGACCAAUGCGCUGCACGAGUGGACCGGCGCGGUGUCGGUGCGGAAAAAGCGAAAGCCCUACUCGAAGUUCCAGACGCUGGAGCUGGAGAAGGAGUUCCUGUUCAACGCAUACGUGUCCAAGCAGAAGCGCUGGGAGCUGGCCAGAAACUUGCAGUUGACCGAGCGUCAGGUCAAGAUAUGGUUCCAGAAUCGACGCAUGAAGAACAAGAAGAACUCGCAGCGACAGGCUAAUCAGCAGAACAACAACAACAACUCCAGCAGCAAUCACAACCACUCGCAGACGGCUCAGCAGCACCACAACAACCAUCACCUGAACCUGGGUCUGAGCAUGGGCCACCACGCCGCCAAGAUGCACCAGUGACCUUUGGACAACAGCAGCGCCGGCACCAUGGGCUUCCCCACCUACUAGCAGUUAGCCAACCCGAAUCCGAACCCUCAACUGAAUCCGAACCCAGCUCCCGAACUGAACGGCCAUCUAAUCAAGAACGAGCUGGCCCUGGACUUUCCAUGUUAGCCGAAAGACUCGACCAACUCUGAGGCAAUUCGGUCAAAUGUACAAAGCACCUGAGCUCUUUUUAGCCAGGAUGUCAAGGGAGGAGGAAGAAGAUCUGGGUCUGGGUCUGGAUAUGGAGAAGGAGAUGGAGAUGGAGAUGAAGAAGGUAGCCCUGGAAUGAGCUGGCGUCGCUGUUCACCAAAGCAGAGCGGCCCCGAGGAGAUGAGAAGAAAAUACCUUAAAUGAAAUGCAUAUAUUUAAUAAGUCAGUUCUUAGAGAUCGAUUAACGAGCAGACACAACUGGCAAGAACGACACAACCAUUCAGCACAGAGCAGAACGGAACAGAACAGAACAGAACAGAUACCAUUAACCCAUUCAGAGCAGAUAGACGAUAAUGGCAGCUUAGUUCAGUAGUUGAAUAUGUAUGUAGUAGUGUAUGAGAAAAAAGCGAGGAACGGCAAGAGAUGCAGAGAAAGAUACACUUCAAAUUUGCAAUUUGUAUGAAAAUAUAUAUGUAUGUACGAGUAUGUAUGUAUUUCUAUCAAGGCUCUCAUUAACCUAAGCGAGCAUUAUGAAUUUUCAGAACUAUAAAUAUGAAUAUACUUAAACAUCAGUGAAUAUUAACCGUAUAAAUUAUGAAUAACAAGCGUUCGAGUAGUAGAUUUUACCAUAAUUAUCUUUGUAAGUGCAGCUAGAUUGCAGCUAAAUUAGGUUGAGCACAUCGUAGACCCAGAAAAUGUUCUUGAAACAAACAAAAAUUGUUUAACAAUUGUCAGUCGCCUCACCCAUCACCCAUCACCCACCCCACCCCACCACACCACACCACACGGAUACACUCACACUCGCACACAUCACUCAAACACUUGCCCACAUCCAAAUCCAAAUCCACAUCCAGAUAGAUAUGGCCACAAUUUAGGAUCAAUUUUGUCGUGUAAUGUUCGUUGUGUCGUGUCCUUUGAUACCUUCUAAGUUCCUGUAUAUAAACUAAGACAUUGGGCCAGUCCGAUUCCGGGCCGAAGAAAACACUUGAGAACUACUAUACAAUACUAUACUUUACUAUACUAUAUGGAAAGCAUACACAAGAAUAUUAAAUGUGUAUAAUGAAAUUCGGAUUCGAUUUUAGCAAAUGGUAGCCUCGUAAGAUUUCGAUGUGUGCAUGUUUACUCCAUAGUUAAAAUCGCUUUCGAUCUAACGUAACUUUAAAACAAACAAACAAACAAAAACUACUCGUAAAGCUAAAGCUAAAUCUAAAGAAACAAAAGGGAAACUUAAGAGAAAAGAAGAAUACAUUUUACUGAAGGAGAGGAAUGGAGUGGAGUGGAGAGGAGUGGAGAGGAGAGGGCGCAGUUGAGGAGGAAGUAAAUUAGCAUACUGUAACAGCUACUUAUAUAUAACUAAAUAUACAUAGUACUAUAAUACACGUACAUAUGCACACAUAUAUUUUCAUGUGUAUCGACUCCGCUUGAUCCUGAUAUUAAGUCUAAGUUUAGUUGUGUUGUGUAAUUAUCGAUUUUUGUUAAUGUUUUGCCCCCGAGCAUUA